AGUCCCCAGCCGGCAACGCCGGAACCACUACGCCGCCCGUGUUCCUGGGAGCUGCGGAGGCGGCUGCACCGCCCGGAAGCGCCGGCUGGGCCAUGGCUGCGCGCUGGGCUCUCUGCGGCCUGGCGGCGGCACGCGCUACCGGCUGCAGGUUUGUUUCAAUGAUGCCUGUUUCUCCGUUGUCUUCUGCUGAGAUUAUUCAGAUGCGCAAUGAACUCUUUAACAAAGAGAAAGAGAGACAGUUGGCUCUGUAUCCACGAAUUGAGAAGAUUGAAGUAAAAUAUGUUGGAAAAUCUCACCCUGGCACUUUGUUUGUAAUGAACAAGGGUUUGUCCACGCCAUACAAUUGUGCUAUGCACUUAAGUGAAUGGCAUUGCAAAAAAUCAGUAUUGGCACUUGUGGAUGGAGAGGUCUGGGACAUGUAUCGGCCCUUAACUAAAUCAUGUGAAAUUCAGUUUCUUACUUUCAAAGAUGAAAAUCCAGAAGAAGUGAAUAAGGCCUAUUGGCGCUCCUGUGCCAUGAUCAUGGCAUGUGUGCUAAAGCAAGCAUUCAAAGAUGAAUACUCAGUGAGUCUGGUCAGAGCUCCAGAAGUGCCAGUGAUUUCUGGAGCUUUCUGCUAUGAUGUAGUUCUGGACAGUGCACUUGAUGAUUGGAAGCCAGCAGAGAAUGCCUUCAAUUCUCUUACAAAAGAAGCAUGCAAGCUAAUUUACAAAGAUCUGCCAUUUGAAAUACUGGAUGUUGAAGCAAAAGUGGCAUUAGAAAUGUUUCGGCAUAACAGGUACAAAAUGGAGAUAAUAGAACAGAAAGCUUCACAAAGCCCUGAAGGAAUAGUGAAGUUACAUAGGUUUGGUGACUUCGUAGAUGUUACUGAAGGCCCACACAUACCAAGGACAAGCUUUUGUUUCCAGUAUCAAGUGACAGCAGCCCACAAUCUUCAGGCCAGCCAAUCUGGAUUAAUACGACGGUUCCAGGGUGUUUCUUUGCCAAUACACUUAAAGGCUCAUCACGUUAUAUGGCGCAGGUUGCUAGAGAGGUCUCGGAGACUGGUCACUGAAGAGGGAAGUCUGGGAGCAAAAGAUGUGAAUGAAGAAGCAAAAAUGCAGUAGUUUAAUAUAUUUUUUUAUUUUUCCAUUUGUAAAUUAAAAUGUUUUUGACGCUGCUUAUUUGUGUUUCAUAUGCUGAUGUCCUUUAACUCAGUUGACUUCAUUGGAAUUAAAUCAGAGAUGAAUAUGAUUUUCAGUAUUUCAGAUCUCAAUCUAUUGUCAUUUUGAUUUUUUUUUCACCUUUAUUAAAGCUAGUCAGGUUUGAAUUAAACUUUCAAAAAAGUGAGGAAUGAAUGAUGAACCUGUUGUAACUCUGACCUUAUAAGUGCUAUUUACAUGUUCUCAGAUAUAGAUAGCUAUAUUCUGAGAGUCAUGAAGUCUGAUCCACAGAAAAUAACACUGAUCUCUGAACUAUCUGCUGGCAAGAGCUAGUCUAUUUGCUUUAAUUUGAUGUGUUCAUUUAAUAAUGUGAAAGACAAUUUUUAUUAAUAUUUCUUUUUUUCUGCCAUGAAGUAACUCUUCCUGUGUACCAAAAUGCCACAUCAUUUUUCCACAAAAAUUAUUUCAUUGUGAAAUGUGAAAGACCUACAUCUUCUAUGUAGGUCAAGACAGAAUUUUGUUUGCAAAGGCAAAUGGAGUAUUACCAGAAUAUUUUCUGCUUCAGAAUGCUGGCAUCAUAUAUGCAUACCAUGCUGAAAACACUGGAGAGUAGCAUUGGAUGCUCUUUUCAUGAUCAACUUUCUGAGAGUCUUUUUUAAAAAGACUAUCUGCAUAAUGCAGGAAGCAAAGCUUUAGAAUGGUGUUUAACUGUCAACUGGUCCAUGUGUGGGGUUUUUAAAAUUUUUUUUUAUUAUACUAGUAAUCUCUGUAUCAUGUUGAAUGUUUUUGAGGCAGUGUUCCUAUACAUGAAUCCAUCCACAUUUUAAGAAGAAUCUUUAUUGAAUCUUAUUUUUUAUAAAUAGUAUUUUGUGUUGCUAAUCUUAUUUGGUUAUACACUCAGAAGGAGGUUCUGCUGGAAAGAGCUUUCUCUUGGGCGUAAAAAAUUUGGGUCAUGUUUACUGUAACACUAUUUGAUUUAGCAAAUCGUUGAAAUCUGUCCCACUUACGUCUUCACCAUUAAGUAAAUUUUUGAAAUUUCCCUUGCUUCCAUAAUAAACAGUAAUACCACAAAUUGGAAAAACAGCAGUAGCCGUUAAAUAAAAUGUAUUUAACUACAA